AUGCACCUUUUCGUCACACUAGCUAACCCUCCCGUCGCGGCGAGGAAGGGCAGUCGAAUCCCUUUGGAAAGCUCCACUGUGGAACGACUGCCGAUGUCUAGCCAAGACCUCACUCAGCCGGGUGCCCCUCGAGACGGUGGUCGUGUGCAAACGUCCCCCGUGCGACGUGACGCGGUAGUGACAUCGGAAGUGACCGAACCAAUGCGUCAUGAGGCUGAGAGUUCCUUCAUUGGUGAACACCUCCUGGAUCCUACUGUCACUCGCGGAGUCUCAGACGGAGAUGGCAGUAUCCCAGGGGUGAAUCUCGCCGAUCUCAGGGUACAACUCCAAGUGCCGCAUGAGAACGCGGGGAGGGCCUUAGUCGAAAGACCCUUUGGAUCUACCGCUACAGCAUGUCUGGCCCCGACCAGUCUUGUCAACAAUGAGGCUGGUCACACGACUACCAACCGUGCACCCGUCUGUGAUGAGCCUCCCAGAACGGGGGAUGAAUCAACUCCAACUCAAGAAAACGCAGAUCCAGCAUCAGGAGUGGUUGGAGCUGAGGAGUCAGCUUUCGAUCGAGACUCGUCGAACAAGUCUCACCACGAUCGAGUUGACCAUGGGCAGUCCUCUCAUGGGAGAGAUUCGAAUCACUCGUCCAGCAACACGCAAGACCAAACCGUGGACCACAAUGACGAUGCGAAGUCUAAACAUGCCACGUCUGCGGUGGACAAGUCCGGCAAGCACACAAGCAAACCGCAAACGCUUUCUCUUGGCGCGUAG